GGCUCCCAAAGGAGGGAGUUUAAAAUCCUAUUUAAAGCCAAGCCUCUGGCCUAACAAAAUCACUCUGGCUGCAGUGUUCCUUGGCUUCCUUCAGGUCUGCUGCAACUGCUGGUGUGGUGAGAGUCUGCUUGGCAGACUGCCGUGUUUUUGUUCCUAAACCUCCCUUCUGCCUGUUUUUAUGCCCUCCCCCUCCUCUCUCCCCUGUUUUAAACCUUUUUCCCCCUGGUGUGAUUGUGUGUGUGUUUGUUCUACUGCUUUCAUUUUUCCCCCUGAGUGAGUGAGUGUCUGUCUGUCUCUCUCCCCACUCUCCUCUGGGCCAGGGGGGCCCAGGCCCUUUGGCCUGAGGCCUCUCUCUGGCCCAUUUCCCUAACACAGUCCCCACUUUCCCACACCUUUUUUCUUUUGGUGGUUGCUGCUUCUAAAUCUGUUGACUGAGGAGAGAGAGAGAGAGUCCUCCUCAGCUCAGCAGCCACUGCCAUUUAUUUUUAUUUUAAUCUGGGUUUUUUUGGGGGGGGUGUCCUUGCUUUCUCUGGAGUAGGUACUUUUCUUUGUUAAUCCAUUUCUUGCUGUGCUUAGCACACCGCUUGCACCAGAGUCCAGCACCUCUUUCCUCCACUUUCUUUCCCUCCCCCCUUCCUCAUCCCUAUCCCCACAGCCUUUCCCCUCACAAACCUUUUUAUUUAUUUAAUCAUUGUUUUUACUUUGAUAUAUAUAUAUUUAGUUGGUGAAAGAGCUGGAAAGCUUUUCAUUCUGCCCUCCCUCCACCCUGGCUGUGCCUGCCUGCCUGUACUGUGCCAGCCUGCCAUUGGUCUGGAAUUCCUUAUUUUUUCUCCUGACCAGUGUGUGGGGCAGAAGAUCUCCAAGACAAUGAGGGAAUCCGAAAACUGGCCCCUUGGUAUAUGGAAGAUCUAUGGGGGUAGAAGUGGCAAGGCAGGUGACAAGUGACAAGGUAGGUGACAAGGCACAAGUGGAGAAAGACUCAACUAGAAUCCAACAGAUUACAACAUAGAGCACAUUUAAGGAUCAAUGCUCACGCAAUAAGUGUGGCAAAGAAGUGGUUCUUUUCUGCCCGUAUUGCAUCUGCGAGUUCACGUCCAGCAGAGUUAUUCAGGGUUGUGAGGGGGCUAGUAUAUGCUCCCCCUUCCUUGAAUCAGAAUUUGGAGUCAUCAGUUACCCGCUGUGAUGUGUUUAAAGAAUUUUUUUGCAGAUAAAACCAGUCAGAUUCGGGCCAACUUAGAUGAAGCCUGCACAAUUAAUUCCAUGUCUGAAUUGGAAGUGUCCAGGAAUUCCUCUUCUGUUGUUUCAGUUUGUGACUCCUGAGGAUGUGGACAAGCUGAUUGGAAUGGAUUUGGUGCACUUCAUUCAAGAGAACUUUAAGAAGAGAGAGUGUGUGUUUUUCACUAAAGAUGCCAAAUCAAUUGACAACCUAUGUAAAUGUGGCCACACAAAAUCUCAACAUAUAGAAGGCACUCAGAUUAACAACCAUGAGAAAUGGAAUUAUAAGAAGCACACCAAAGAAUUCCCAACGGAUGCCUUUGGGGACAUUGAAUUUGAAAACUUGGGCAAGAGAGGAAAGUAUAUCCGCCUGUCAUAUGACACAGACUCUGAAACACUCUAUGACCUAAUGACCCAGCACUGGCACCUGAAAACACCCAACCUCAUAAUUUCUGUCACAGGAGGAGCAAAAAACUUUGCUUUAAAGCCACGUAUGCGCAAGAUUGUCAGCCGAUUGAUCUACAUUGCCCAGUCUAAAGGGGCCUGGAUAUUCACUGGGGGAACUCAUUAUGGGUUGAUGAAGUAUAUUGGUGAAGUAGUAAGAGAUAACACCAUCAGCAGGACAUCAGAAGAGAAUGUUGUUGCUAUUGGCAUAGCUGCCUGGGGAAUGGUUUCCAACCGUGACAGUCUGAUCAGGAGCUGUGAUGCUGAGGCAUCUUAUUCAGCACAAUACAUUAUGGAUGAUCUCAAGAGGGACCCUUUGUACUGUUUGGAUAAUAAUCAUACCCAUCUAAUUCUGGUUGAUAAUGGCACUCAUGGAUGCCCAGCCACAGAGGCCAAGCUACGAACCCAGUUAGAAAAAUAUAUUUCUGAACGCAUCAUUCCAGAUUCCAAUUAUGGUGGGAAGAUUCCAAUUGUGUGUUUCGCCCAAGGGGGAGGAAAAGAAACUCUGAAAGCUAUUAACACUGCCGUUAAGAGUAAAAUUCCCUGUGUGGUGGUGGAAGGUUCUGGUCAGAUUGCAGAUGUGGUUGCAAGCUUAGUGGAGGCGGAAGGUACAGUUACUUCUUCAUCUGUCAAAGAGAGACUGCUCCGAUACUUGCCUCGCACUCUUUCUAGACUCACAGAAGAAGAGACUGAGAGUUGGAUCAGAUGGAUCAAAGAAGUACUUGAAAGUCCUCAUCUGUUAACUGUGAUCAAAAUAGAAGAAGCUGGAGAUGAAAUUGUGAGCAAUGCCAUUUCAUUUGCCCUGUAUAAAGCUUUCAGCACAAACGAACAAGAUAAGGAUAACUGGAACGGGCAACUAAAAUUGCUUUUGGAGUGGAACCAACUGGAUCUGGCGAGUGAAGAGAUUUUUACCAAUGAUCGUCAUUGGGAGUCUGCUGACCUUCAGGAUGUCAUGUUUACAGCCCUGGUGAAGGACAGGCCAAAAUUUGUUCGCCUCUUUCUGGAAAAUGGCUUGAAUCUGAGGAAGUUUCUUACUAAUGAAGUUCUAACUGAGCUCUAUACCAACAACUUCAGCAGUCUGGUAUUUAAGAAUCUACAAAUUGCGAAGAACUCAUACAAUGAUGCUCUCCUUACAUUUGUGUGGAAGAUGGUAGAGGAUUUCAGAAGAGGCAUCAAAAAAGAGGACAAAAAUAUCAAGGAUGAGAUUGAGAUACAGCUUUUGGAUGUAUCUCUUAUUACAAGGCACCCCUUGCAGGCUCUCUUCAUUUGGGCAGUUCUUCAGAAUAAAAAGGAACUAUCCAAAGUGAUUUGGGAACAGACUAGAGGCUGUACAUUGGCAGCUUUAGGAGCAAGUAAACUCCUGAAAAGCCUGGCAAAGGUGAAGAAUGAUAUCAAUGCUGCUGGGGAGUCAGAGGAGCUGGCAAAUGAAUAUGAGACAAGAGCUGUGGAGUUGUUCACGGAAUGUUACAGUGGUGAUGAAGAUCUGGCUGAACAGCUUCUGAUAUAUUCCUGUGAAGCUUGGGGUGGAAGCAAUUGUCUGGAACUUGCGGUGGAAGCCAAGGACCAGCAGUUCAUUGCUCAGCCAGGAGUCCAGAAUUUUCUUUCCAAACAAUGGUAUGGGGAGAUCUCCAGGGACACGAAGAAUUGGAAGAUCAUACUAUGCCUUUUCCUUUUCCCUUUAAUAGGCUGUGGAUUCAUUUCCUUCAGGAAAAAGCCAACUGACAACAGAAAAAAGCUAUUCCUAUAUUACGUUUCAUUCUUCACAUCACCAUUUGUGGUAUUCUCUUGGACUGUCAUCUUCUACAUUGCCUUCCUGCUGCUGUUUGCCUAUGUUUUGCUCAUGGAUUUCCAGAAGGAGCCCACCACGUUGGAACUAAUUCUCUAUGUGCUGGUCUUCAUCCUGCUUUGUGAUGAAGUGAGACAAUGGUACAUGAAUGGUAGUAAAUAUUUUAAAGACUUGUGGAAUGUUAUGGACAGCCUUGGAAUUUUCUACUUCAUAGCAGGAAUUGUGUUCAGGCUCUACUCUUCAAAUGAGACAGCCUGGUAUUCUGGCAGAGUCAUUUUUUGCUUGGAUUACAUCAUUUUCACACUAAGGCUGAUACAUAUUUUCACAGUAAGCAGGAAUCUAGGACCCAAGAUAAUUAUGCUUCAGAGGAUGAUGAUAGAUGUCUUCUUCUUCCUGUUCCUCUUUGCAGUAUGGAUGGUAGCUUUUGGAGUGGCCAGACAAGGAAUCUUACGAAAGAAUGAACAUCGCUGGGAAUGGAUAUUCCGAUCAGUCAUCUAUGAACCUUACCUUGCAAUGUUUGGCCAAUAUCCUGACGACAUUGAUGCUACCACAUACAGUUUUCAGCACUGUACCUUCAAUGGGAAUGAAUCAAAACCUCUGUGUGUAGAAGUGGAUUCCAACAACCACCCCCGGUUCCCAGAAUGGAUCACUAUUCCAUUAGUGUGUAUCUACAUGUUGUCCACCAACAUCCUCCUGGUGAACUUGUUAAUAGCCAUGUUUGGUUACACUGUUGGAUCAGUACAAGAGAACAAUGACCAAGUAUGGAAGUUCCAGCGCUAUUUCUUGGUUCAAGAAUACUGCAAUCGCUUAACUAUACCAUUUCCAUUUGUCAUAUUUGCCUACAUCUAUAUGGUGAUGAGGAAACUUUUAAAAUGCUGUUGUAAAAAUGAAUAUAAUCAACCCUCCAUCUGCUGUUCAAGAAAUGAAGAUAACGAAACUUUGGCAUGGGAAGCCGUCAUGAAAGAAAAUUAUCUCGUCAAAAAUACCAAGGCGUAUGACUCAUCAGAAGAAAUGGUGCAUCGGUUUAGACAACUGGACCUGAAGUUGAAUGAUCUGAAAUGUGUACUGAAAGAUAUUGCUAAUAAACUCAGAUGAAGGCAACCUGGACCCAAGAUCAAGCUUCCUCCAGCAGUAUAAGCUUGUACAACAAAGAACUACUGAACCAGCAGCAGAUUAAAUGUCAACUGUACACUAAUUGGAUGGGAAGAAUGAAACUUUGACACUUCAACCUCUGCUCUGUUCUCUUCUGGAUAGGGAAAUUCUGCCCAGAAAACUCUUAAGCUUAUUUGUUCCAAUAUAACCGAUUGUUGUAAUAGCAUUUAAAGGUGGAAUGUACUGAAGCAUUCUGAGUCUCAGAAGUUAGUUUUAGUUGCAGCUUUAACUGCAUGGAUAGCUUGUCAAGCUACUAGCACCAAGCUGAGGCAACCACUUGAUAUCUGCAUUUUAGGAAUGUGGUAACAGUCACAGAUAACCACCUAGCCACAGUUAGUGGUUGGAGCAUGUAGAAGUAGCUGGUGUCUUAGGAGUGGAGUCCAAUGAACUUUGGGUGGUGGUGGGGAUGUUACUGAGAGCAAAACAUGCAUCAUGCCAAGCAGGAAACAGCCUGUCCGUUGAUUCUGCCUCUCUACCUGAGAUUUUACCAAUUUUUGUGAAGACCCUGACAACGAGGCUAAAACCCAGAACCAUCAAAUCAGAGACUGAGACAAAUGCAGAAGGAUCAAAUGAAAAGGAAUCUUUUAAGGCCUAAUCUGCAGAAAUGCUUUGUCUUUUUAUAACAGAGCCAUGGAUUGGGGGUGGAGCGGUUUUUUUUUAUUAGCACAUCUUAAAAUCUGGGUUCUGCAGUUUUAUAUCUCUCUGUAUAAUUAAAAUUAAUCAUUUACAUUA